AUGCAACGGAUUUAUGCUCGAUUUGUGGGAACUGAUGACAACUAUCGAGGAUGUCUCAACUGUGGUUACUUUACGGAAAUCAUGAUCCGCGUUGAAGAGAACGUCUUCUGCUACCUUUGUAAACAGGAUGAUGUAAAUGAUGGUCGAGUUCAAGCAUCUUUCUAUCAAUGCGAAGCGAAAUUCAUCUGCGAAAUCGGUGGCUGCGACGCGACAGCUACUGAUUUUCUUUUGGGAACAUGCUGCGAUGGUGCAAAGAAAAAACUCGCCUCAGAUAGUCUUGAAUACCAGAAAGUGGUAGGAAGCUAUUUCGAAUCGUGGAAGAAGGUUGAGGCGGAUGCUGUUGAAAGACAUCGUCAAGCUCAAAUCGUGGUAGCUCGAUUGAAAGAGGAAGUCGACCAGGGUUCGGUCCUUCGACUUAGCGAGAUCGAUGUCAAAGAUAAAUCCAUGCCGGUUGUGUUCGUUAGUGACGAUGGCUUUAGCUCAUGCGAUGUCAGUCAGGGAUCACUUGGAGAUUGCUGGUUCCUUUCGGCUCUUUCCACUGUCGCAGCUGACGAUCAACCGAAUACCCAAGUCGGUAUUUUGAAAAAACAAACGAUCGAAAGUGUCUUACAGAUCGGACACAACGACACGAGCGCAGCAGCCGCAUCUGGAGGCUACAAAUUUAAAUUCUUCCGCAUGGGGGAGUGGGUAGACGUCGUCAUUGACGAUCGCCUUCCUGAGCGCCGACGAGCCAGCGAAUCGGAUACCAACGAGUUCUGGGUACCUCUAACCGAAAAGGCUUACGCCAAGUUUAAUGGCGGCUACAAAAAACUCGUUGGCGGGCAGACUUGCUGGGCUCUCACCGACUUGAGUGGUGGCAUUGCGGUCGAGCUUCAGGAUUUCGAAUACGGCAUCGGCAUCAACGACGACAAUACUAUUCAAGGAAUCAACUUGGUCAAGCUUCUGCAAACAAUCCAGAGGAACGCUCUCAUUUGCACUUCAAACAUCGAUGAAGGAGGAAAUGAGGAGAUUAACAAGGGUUUGAUUUCUGGUCAUGCUUACGCGCUCUUGUCCGUUGAAACGAUGACACUCAAGGAUGGAACGAAAUUGGACAUGGUCAGACUUCGAAAUCCAUGGGGCAAGACAGAAUGGGAUGGUGACUGGAGCGACAAAGAUACCGCUAAUUGGGACAGAGUGAGCGACGAGCAAAAGAAAGCACUCGAUAUCGAAGACAAAGAUGACGGGUCUUUCUGGAUGACAUUCAAGGACUGGGUCGAUGAGUUUGAGGUUCUGACCAUCUGCGCGCUCCCUGGAAUGGACCUUGAAGACGAAGACGGUCACUUCACGGAAGAAGAGAAAAAUGAGCGAGAUACUCGCGUUAUUGGAACUUUCACUCCGGGAGUUAAUGCUCCACAAGAUGUCAAUCAUCUCCAGAAAGUCUUCUUGGAUUACAACUACAAUAUCCAAGUCGAAAUGAACGUCAAUCUUUACAUCAAGGAAACUACCCGACUUGUCUGGCUCCAGUUCCUUAUCGAUUCCCCACUCAAAGAGACCCGCUACGUUAUGGUUAAUAUCUACAAAAAGAACGAUGAUGAGCCAUUUGACGGCCCCGUGACUAAGCGACAGCUUCGAAAGAUGAAGAAGAUCGACCCAAUUCUUCCAACUCAAAAGGGCUACGUUGUCGACCACUACAAGCACAACGGAUUCUUGCUUAAUCUCCCUCUUGGAAGAUAUCUUAUUAUGGCUUGCACUGCUCUCCCCGGCGAAUCCAAUAAACCUGUCAAAUUCAUGUUGAGAACAAUGGGAUCUAACAUUGACCUACGACCUCUGAACUCUUCAGCAUAA